AUGUCGAAAACAACAUGUAUGGUUGUGGUUGCUGGCCUGGGCAUGGGCCUGGUGUACAUGCCCGCCGUCAUCGCCGUCGGCUUCUACUUCGAGAGGCGGCGAGGCGUCGCGACGGGACUGGCGUCGUGCGGCAGCGGCCUGGCGCGCGUCGCUCUGCCCAUUCUGCUCACCAUCGCCCAGGAUAGCGUAGAGUCCGGCGUGUAUGUGAAAUUGGCUCGAGCAUUCCGGUAUGUGAAAUUGGCUCGAGCAUUCCGGUAUGUUUGGAAGACUUUCGACAAGUACCCGACCAUAUCUCUGGACUUGCAUGACGAUCCAGUGGAAGAUUUGCUGUUUUCGCCGAAUAUGGAGCCCAUUUUGGUCAGUUUGGGUGAGCAGAUCGCCUGGUGGAAUCUCAAGAGUUUUCUGGAGACGAAGAAGAAACGCGGAAGACCGAAAAGCAUCGACAUCUUGGACAAUCUCAGCUGCGACUUGCGCUCCAUGAACAUAUCCCUGUGGGGCGAUCGCCAGCCCUUGCCGGGCUGUUCUCACCUUUUGGCCUGCAUCAAGUUGAACGGCAAGGCCAAGUACGUGUCGGCUUCCAACGAUUUCAACUCUUUUCUAACUAUAGAUGACAACGGCAAAGUGUACAUCAUGGAGAUAGUCCAUCCCGAUUCGUAA